AGUGAUGCCAUGGGACAGGCGCACCGAAACCCAGAAUGCAAAAAGGAUUCGACAAGAGCGUGAGGCGAAGAGAAAAAAAGAUGAACAGAAGCGCUUCGAAAGAGAGAAGUUCAACUCUAUAGACCAGUAUCUUCUUAGUGGAGAUGAGCAGGUGGUCGUAUGUUCAUACUUUGCCCAUCAUCUUAAUGUCUUCAGUGUGAUUUCUGAGGAGCAUCUGCACACACUUGAGGACCGAUGGUCCCUUCUGAGCCUCCGUACUGCUGCAAUCACUCAUAAUGGAGAGCACUUGGUGGUUUCCAACUACAGUGAGGCCCAGCAUGCUCCAUUCCUCACCCUCUGGGACACACAACGGGGCAUGGUGCGGAAGAGAUUGAAAAAUGAACCUGGAAUCUGUUGCAUUGCUGUAAGUGAAGAUGCCUGCAGAGUGGUGUUCGGGAUUGCAGGAUUCAACAAGCUGAAAGUAUGGGAUCCAUUCCGGAGGAAGCAUAAAAACAUCUCUGGUUACGGGAGUUUAAAUCUUAACUGGUCCAGCCAGCUCUUUAUCACUGAAGGACAAUCCAGAGCCAUUUUGUUAUCAGGCGCAGUGAGCAUGUGGGACUUGGACAAUGGGACGUUGCUGUCAGUCUUCACACCUGACUCUAAGAUCCAGAGCAUCUCUCUACUUGGACCUAGCAAUGGCACGUUGCUUUUAGGCUUUAGUGACAUGUCAACUCUCAUCACCAUGAUGGUCAGCCAACAAAACGCACACACUAAAUCCAGCACUGCUCGUGGAAAAGACCUGUUUGGGGAAUCCAGCAGUAGUGAAGAUGAGGAACAUGAACUAGCAAAUCAGUCCUGACUGGAACAGAAGUUCAGUGAUGAGGAAGCUGAAAUUGUAGCUUGAUAAGCUACAAGCAGCUCAUCAUGAAAGCUAGCUAAGCUACUGUCACUUCGAAAAAAGUAGCUAGCUACACUACUAGUUAAUUCCUAAAAGUAGCUGUAGGUGGGCUUAACAAACCACCUGUGGAAAACACUCUCAUUCCCCUCAUUGACACAUUAACCGACACAAACACUAUGCAUUUAUAAAGUGUACUUCACACAGGCGAGUAGGCUUGACAAACCACCUGUAAAACACUAGCACUAAGUUCUCUGAGCACAAACUAGUUUCUUUGUACAGCACUUUUUGGGUGUAUUGCCUUUUCUUGUUAAAUCGCUGAAUGUCUCCUAAAUGGCUUUGGACAAAAGCAACUGCUAAAUGACUUAAUGUAAAUGUAGCUGGUUAAACUGAAGCUACUUCAUUUGCAAA